AUGAAAAUCUUAUAUUCUCUGAGGAGGUUCUACCACGUGGAAACGCUCUUUAAUGGAACUUUCAUUUUAGCUGGUCGUGACCAAGAAACCACCAGCUUUGCUUGGUGGGCUGGGAAUGCCAGACUUAUCAAUUUGUCCGGUAAACUACUUGGAGCUCAUGUAGCCCAUGCCGGAUUAAUCGUAUUCUGGGACGGAGCAAUGAACCUAUUUGACGUGGCCCAUUUCAUACCAGAAAAUCCCAUGUAUGAACAAGGGUUGAUUUUACUUCCACACUUAGCUACUCUAGGCUUCGGUGGCAUUUAUCACGCGCUUCUGGGACCCGAGACUCUUGAGGAAUCUUUUCCAUUCUUUGGUUAUGUCUGGAAAGAUAGAGAUAAAAUGACUACAAUUUUGGGUAUUCACUUAAUUUUGUUAGGUCUAGGUGCUUUUCUUCUAGUACUCAAGGCUCUUUAUUUUGGUGGUGUAUAUGAUACUUGGGCCCCUGGGGGGGAGAUGUAA